UCAAUUUAGCUUCUCCACUCAUACAGCCACCGCCUGUCCUUCCUACCUUCUCUAUUCUCGUCGCCGCCGUUCCCACCGCUGAUCUUGAAUUGCCGUCGCCACGCUCUGCUGCUUGCCGUUCGUCUCUCACCUGAUCGGGUUGCCGACAUGUGUAUUUGAUUUUGGUGAGCGCGGAGGUUCUUCAACAUCAAGCUUCAAAAAUUUCUGCUUUCAGGAGUAUCAAUUCUUCUGGCAAGCAAUGGCUCGUAUUGGAAACCAGAAGAAGAAGGGGUUUGUGAAGCCGAUCACGGCGAAGAAGCAGACUAAUGUGGAUCAUGUUACAGGGGAGAAAAUCCCGAAAAGUUUUGUAUUUUCUAGAGGGAAGUUGCCUGGUCCUCUUAGGCAACUGCAAAUGGAUUUGAGAAAAUUGAUGCUUCCUUACACUGCUCUUAAUCUUAAGGAGAAGAAACGGAAUAAUCUUAAAGACUAUUUGAACGUUGCUGGGCCUAUGGGUGUUACACAUUUUCUCAUACUCUCCAAAACUGAAAGUGCACCAUAUUUGCGAGUUGCUAGGACCCCUCAGGGACCAACUCUUACGUUCAAGAUACACGAGUAUUCGCUUGCCGUGGACAUUGCUCAAUCACAAUUGCGCCCCAGAUGUCCGAAAGACCUUUUCAAGAAUCCCCCUUUGAUUGUGCUUUCUGGUUUUGGGACUGGAGAUCAGCAUCUAAAGCUCACUACUAUAAUGUUCCAGAACAUCUUUCCAGCUAUUGAUAUAAAUACAGUUAAGCUUGCAUCAUGCCAGAGAAUUGUGUUGCUUAAUUAUAACAAGGACACAAAGCUCAUUGAUUUUCGACAUUAUUCCAUCAGAUUACAACCUGUCGGUGUAACCCGUAGGCUUAGAAAGUUUGUUCAGAAUCAUCAAGUUCCUGAUCUCAGGAGUCUUCAAGAUGUGAGCGACUUUGUCACAAAGGCUGGUUAUGGGUCAGAAAGUGAAGCUGAUGAUGAAGCAGCGACAGUCACUUUGGCCAGUGAUCUAGGUAGAGUCAACCAAGCUUCCACCAAGAGUGCUGUCAAGCUUCAAGAGAUUGGACCUAGGCUGACUCUUCAGCUCAUUAAAGUAGAGGAGGGGUUGUGUUCUGGUGGGAUCAUCUUCAGUGAAUAUGGUGGUGAGAAAAAGCAGGAUAACAAGAGUGACCGCAAAAAAGAUCAAGAUAAUACUGGCAGUGAUGAUGAAGAUGAAAGUGAAGAUGAGGAUAUGGGUGAAGAUGAGAGCGAAGGGCAGGAAGUUGAUGAAGAAGAUUAGCUUGAGGCUUUGUUGAGGUCUGAAUUUGUGACCCAUUUUGGUUGGCGACUUGGGAACCAGCAGCAGCCCAAUCAGCGGAGGGGGAUAACUACACUCAUGACAUCAAAUCAAGUGUGACACAGUAAGCUCCAUAACUAUUCUAUUGCAUCAUCUGCUUCAGAUUAUGAGAUUGGAUGCUCUGAUCUAUUCUUUGACUUUGAUUCGUUCUUUUAAUCUUUAGAUAUCUCAUGCCCAUUUGAGAGCAAGCAUGAGUUUACU